UUAGACGCAGCCGUCCACCUGUCCCACAUCCUCUUUAUUUCAUUUAUCGCUUUUAUAAUUAUUAAUUACGCUCAUCGUACAAGAAAGCCUUUAAGUGGUGGUGGUGAUUGUGUAUUAGAUUUAAACAAGAAGCAAUCCACUACUGUAUAUCUCUCUUCUCUGCUUUUACAAGCUAAUUUCUUCGAGGCUGUAUUUUCAGAUAUCGGAACUGGCAAACAGCAAUUCCACGGACAAAUGGAUUAUAAAGCGGCUGGUUUAUAUACGUUGGAUGAAGCCCUUGAAACUGUGGGGUUUGGGAAAUUCCAGGGCUUUGUUCUUGGAUACGCUGGUCUUGGUUGGUUUGCUGAAGCCAUGGAGAUUAUGAUUCUUUCCUUUAUAGGACAAGCUGUUAAAUCUGAGUGGCAACUUUCCUCUGGUCAGGAGAGCCUUUUAAGUACCAUCGUCUUUGCUGGGAUGCUUCUCGGAGCCAAUACAUGGGGCCUUUUAUCAGAUAACUACGGGAGGAGGAAAGGUUUUCUUACUAUAUCUAUGGUAACUUUUGGAGCUGGAUUACUGAGCACAUUCUCUCCAAACUAUUUAACGCUUGUUCUUCUUCGAGGUUUGGUUGGUUUUGGCCUUGGUGGCUCAUCUGUAUUCUUAUCCUGGUUUCUAGAGUUUAUUCCAGCUUCUAAUAGAGGCAUGUGGAUGGUAGUGUUUUCUACUUUCUGGACAUUUGGAUCAAUUUUUGAGGCUACUCUUGCAUGGAUUGUCAUGCCCAGAUUAAACUGGAGGUGGGUACUUGCAUUUUCGGCUGUCCCAUCUUUUGCUUUGCUUAUUUUGUAUGGUGUUGCACCUGAGUCUCCGAGAUACCUAUGCAUGAAAGGUAACACAAGUGAUGCACUUCGAAUUUUGGAGAAGAUAGCUUCAGUGAACCAAACAAAGCUUCCUCCUGGUGUCCUAGUUUCUGGUAGAUCAAAUGACAAGGAUGAAGAGUCUGCUCCAUCAGAAAAUACUGCCCCAUUACUUCCCUCACUCAGUAAAAGUACCACACAAUCAAAAUCAGGCUUCUCAUCAUUUUUUAUGCUUUUCUCUUCAAAAUUAAUUAGAACAACGCUGCUCCUAUGGGUAUUAUUCUUUGGAGAUUCAUUUUCAUAUUAUGGUAUCAUAUUGCUUACCUCUAAGCUAAGUAGUGGACAAAGUACAUGUUUCCCAUCUCUCCAAAGCAAUAUAAAUCCCCAGGAUGAUGGUCUCUACCUAAAUGCAUUCAUCACCAGUAUGGCAGAGCUACCUGGGCUUCUUCUGUCAGCAAUAUUGGUUGAUAGGGUUGGCCGCAAGCAUUCGAUGGCAAUUAUGUUCGGCUUAGCAUUUAUUUUCCUCACACCACUGCUAAUCCAGCAGCCUGCUGUGUUAACUACUUGCUUAUUAUUUGGAGCUCGCAUGAAUGCCAUGGGAACCUUUACAGUUGCCUCUAUAUAUUCCCCUGAGUUAUAUCCAACCUCGGUGCGGACAACAGGUGCGGGAGUUGCAAGUGCUAUAGGAAGAAUUGGUGGUAUGGUAUGUCCUCUUGUUGCAGUGGGAUUGGUGAAUGAAUGUCAUCAAACAGCAGCUGUAGCGCUAUUUUUGGUCGCUAUAGUUGUGUCGAUAGUUUGUAUCCAACUCUUCCCCUAUGAUACCAAGGGACGGGAGCUUAGUGAUACUAGUUGAUAAGAAGUAGUUAGCUUCUAAAGACAAAUGGCAAAUUGUGUGCCAUCCGGAAUUUGUCUUUUAAGGGAAAUAAGUGGUCCCCUACCUGUAGUUAUAGUUUGAAUUGUAGGGUGGGGAUAUUAUGUAGACUUAAUUUUCUUAGAAAAUGCAAUGGGGUGCUGGGAUCAUUUUGUAAAAACAUACCAGUCAUUGUCAUAAUUAAAAUAGUUUCUUCUAUUACGUAAA